AGGGUGCAGCAAGAACACAUAAACAAGUGUUAAGCCACUAGGCAGCAGCACGCCGCUGAUGACUGAUGACUAAUGACUGAUGUGAAAGAAAGCAGACAAACAAAACUCCCAUCCAUUCCAACCAUUUCUUUAAUUCCCAUCUUCUUCCUCCUCCGACUCUAACUUCAUGGUUUCAUCGCGAUCGCUUUUGUCUCUGUAGAGUGGGUGUGCAGAGAGAUUUUAUAGAGUUAUGUACGUCAGCCGCCCGUUGGUCCAUCCGGUGGAGGCCCCGCCCACGACUGACGUGGCGGCCCAGAACGCCCUCAGAGUGAGGAUGAAGGACGUCCAAGGCAUGCCUGGCACCCCCGGUGGGCUCGCCCUGCGUCUCUGCCAGCUCUGCUUCUCCGCAAUCUCUCUCUCCGUCAUGGCCUCCACCUCCGAUUUUCCCACCGUCACCGCCUUCUGCUACCUUGUUGCUGCUGUUAGCUUGCAAUGUGUGUGGAGUUUGUCAAUGGCGAUUGUUGAUUUGUAUGCUCUUUUGGUGGGGCGGAGUUUGCGCAAUUGCAAGGCUGUGUGUUUCUUCACCAUUGGAGAUGGGAUCACAUCCACUCUUACAUUUGCUGCCGCAUGUGCUUCUGCUGGAAUCACUGUCCUCAUUGCCAAUGAUCUUAACAAAUGUGGUUUUAACCAUUGUAAAAGGUUUGAGACUGCCACAGCUAUGGCUUUUAUCAGUUGGUUUGCUGUGUCACCAACUUUUCUUUUAAACUUCUGGUCACUGGCUUCACGGUAAAAUACGGCUGGGGAGGAAUAUUCAUAAGUGAUCAGAGCCUUCUCCUUCCCAACUGUUGGCUUCUUUGGUGCGAAGAGAUCUCUGCCACAGCUAUGGCAGUGCUUCUACAGGUUAUUAUGGUUUCCCUUAUUUUGUAUAUAGAAACAUUUUGGCAGAGUUUUAUUGAAAUGACAAUAACUUUAAAAUGGAGAUGUGUAUCAGAUUUUGUUUUUGUUAUGAAAUCUUUUUCUGCAUUGUCGA